GGGAAGAUGAACGCACCCAAGCGCAAGACUCGACCACAAACGUGGGAAUCCAUUGCUCGAAUGCCGAGUGUACUGGAGAGACAAAUAUCAAUGCUGCUGGAGGAUUUUAUUUGGUCGCGAAAGGUUCGGCUAAUGAGUCGCACGCUCAGAAUUGGCAUCAGCAGCGCGGAGUUCCUUGACUAUACUGUUCUGACGCUUGAUAUUGUACAUCAUUAGCUCUACUGCCAAUGGCAUCACUUGCUACAUCUAAACGUCUAAUAAAAGAACUCAGAGCUCUGCAAAAAUCUCCCAAUAAAGACUUACUCCAUCUCGCGCCACAGAAUGAAGAUGAUUUGAGUCACUGGACCGCUUCCUUUGAGGGACAAUCAGGUACACCCUUUGAGCAUGGCAUCUUCCACCUCAAGAUCCACUGUCCACCAGCGUACCCAGCCAUGCCGCCCGUUGUGAGCUUCACCACACGCGUCGCUCAUCCAAAUGUCCAGUUCAAGACUGGUGAGAUUUGUCUUGAUAUCCUUAAGGAACGUUGGAGUCCCGCUUGGACACUAGGAACAGCGUGUACGGCUGUGGUCCAGUUGCUCGCAUCCCCGGAACCCGAUUCACCGUUGAAUAUUGAUUUGGCGAAUUUAUUGAGGAGUGGGGAUAUCCUUGGGUAUGAGAGUCUUGUUCGGAUGUAUGUGGAGAUGUACGCGUUACCUAUCGUCGGUGGUCGUUCAUAAGACCAUUUUUUCAUGUAUGAGUGGCAUCUAUGCUAUACGACG